AUGGCCUUCCAUUGGAUCAACCUCCUCGUCCCCGCCAUCGCCGCGGCCCUGGCCGUAGGCGCGUGCUACCUGACCGUCAACUACACCGACUUCGGGGCCCGCCAGGCGGACAGGUACGACGACAUGCGCAAGGUGUAUGCGCUGGUGGGCGUCAUCGCGGUCGUGACGGCCUACUUCUUCGCCCCUACCGGCACCACGAGCAAGGUGACGGGUGCCGCCGCGUACGUGAAUCCGUUCCUGGAGGACGACAAGGGGCAUGAUACCUUCGGCGCCGGCGCGACGACGGACUUCGGGCGAGGCGCCCAGGCGCAGGCGCGGGCUCAGGCGAUGGCGGACGGGGCGGGCGGAGAGGACGCGGGCGACGGCUCGUACCAGGAGCCCACCCGACCCGACCCGGCCGCCUCCGAUUCCGAGAGGGAGGACGUGUCCGAAGCAUCCGAGGAGGGGCCCAUGCUCGACUCCUACCUGGCGACGGACUCUGGAGAGACCAUCGCGGAUUCGCUGGCGUGCGUCGCGGAGGCCAUGAGCUCGUUCGCAGCGACCUUCGAAAAGGCGGCCGAGAGGAGCAACAAGACCAACAAGAUCCUGUGCAAGCUACUCGAGUCCAUCGACGACACCCUGAAGCGUAACGCCGCCCCCUGGUCGACGGCCCCUCAGGGGGACGCCGAGAACGAUUCCACGAACGGUCAGACCUGA